AUGAUAGGGGUGGUGCUGGAGGAUGGUGAAACGGGACAUGUGGAGUUUGACGAUCGAGGCGAUAGAGUGGGUUCACUCUAUGACAUCGUCAAUGUGCAACCUCGCAGUGGUUGCAAGGAGCACUCCGAUUUAUGCAGACCCGCUAUCAAUACGGUGGGAAAGUACGGACUCAUGCAGGGCAAUAAAGUCUCCAAGUUGCCGCGACUAUUAGUUGACACGGCGCAUAUCUACUGGCCAGGCAAUUACGAGCAGAAAAAAGUGACAGAUAUCUGUGUAAAGAAGCACGCUCGCAAGAACGAAUGCCUGGAAUACGCAACUCGGCUCCUUCCACCGCCAAGUUUCAAGAAGAAGACGCAUUUAAAGGUACGCCUGCCUCAUUGA